AGUCAGAUCUACUAAACCUCAGAGGAUAAGUCAGAUCUACUAAACCUCAGGUACGGCUGGGAAGCGAACUUUGUAAUCUCCGCCACUACUCUGUUUGUCUUGGACGAAAGGGUAAAUAAAUGCUCUCCGCCUCUCCCGAUCCGCAUUCUCGUGACUCCGUCGGCGAUGACGAUGAAAUCCAAGAUUCGUCCCCCAUCCUUUUCUCCCCGCAGGUUUCCCAAUGUCUCAGCCGCUUUUUGCUCUGGUUAUUACGCGAAGAAGCAACAACAGGUUGCCCCCAUACCUUAUUCAUCCAUAACAUCAAAAGCAUCGGAAAUACCUAACUCUCGCAGUUCAAACUUGAUGAAAUUAGGGAAUCCUAGCUCUGCAAGCAUUGUUGUCAUCAUACCUGAUUCAUCAGAAGUGUCGGAAAUAACCAAUUCUCCUAGUUCAAACUUGAUGGAAUUAGGGAAUCCUAGCUCCGUUGCCCCUGUACCUGAUUCUUCCACAACAUCAGAAGCAUUGGAAGUACCCAAGUCGCCCGACCCAAACUUGAUGGAAUUUGGGAAUCCUAGCUCUGUUCAUUUGGCAGAUGGACUUAUCAUUCAGGCUGCUGCUCAAUCUCCGAAGAAUGGAGCCAACUUUGAUUGUCUCGUAUCAAGAGAGCUUAACCAAAAUCCAUGCUUGAAGUCGAUCCCAAAUCAUGGCAAAUUAUAUGAAUUUGUGGCUAUGAAGUAUCAUACAAGUAGCAGUGAUAUUGUUUCAUGCAAUUCAUACUCCACUGAGUCCAGUUAUGACAGUUCCAUGUCCUCCGAAUCCUUCGAUGUGCAGAAGGAAUUGCAGGAAAUGAGGGAAGAACAUGGAGAAGAAAUGUCUACAGUAGGAGAAUGAAUUGAAAGUGAUGCGCCUCGAGUAGUUGAUAUCUGAACGUAUGUCACUUCGAGUACUUUUUUACUUAGAUAUUCAUACGGUUGACAUCUCAAGGAACAUUUCUCGUCCACAUUGGUUUCUGUGUACAAGUAGUUGAUGUCUGUACAUAUUUCACUUUGAGUGCUUUACUUGAGAUGCAGACAGUUGACAUCUCAAGAACAUUCUGUGUACAUAUAUAUAUUCCAGUUACUACACUUAAUGUCCUCCGAAUCCUUCGAUGUGCAAAGGGAAUUGCAGGAAAUUUGGUGAUGUAUCUCAGUAGUUGAUAUCUGUAAAUACAUCUAUUUGAGAGCUUUGUUAUUUGGACA